AUGGAAUGUAUGAAGACAAGAGCUCCUCUGCUUCCAAUUAUGGAGAAGAAAUGGGCAUGUCCAUUGGCCUUGAGCACUACUGUCUGCAUCAUUUUCCUUGUCACCUCCAUGAAUAUGGGCCUCCUCUCCCCCCUCCCCAGCAUCUUCUCCAACUUCAAAGCCUGGAAUUUGACGGGCCCGAGUCCUGAGUUUGUGGAAAUCAAAUUUUCCAGUAACCCGCCACCGCCUGCCGGCCCAUCGAUUCCCCGGCUGGCCUACUUUGUCUCGGGAUCGAAGGGUGACUUGGAUUGCCUAUGGAGGACAUUGCAGGCUCUCUACCACCCUCGGAAUCUCUAUGUGGUCCAUCUGGACUUGGAAUCCCCUCCUGCUGAGAGAUCGGAAUUGGCUUCUCGGGUGGCCAAUGAAACAGUUUAUCAGAAGGUCGGCAAUGUUCAUGUGAUUACUAAGGCUAAUAUGGUUACAUAUCGAGGGCCGACCAUGGUUGCCAAUACUCUUCAUGCUUGUGCUAUACUUCUCAAGAAGAGCAAGGAUUGGGAUUGGUUCAUAAACCUCAGUGCCUCCGAUUAUCCUCUCAUGACGCAAGAUGAUAUCCUCCAUACCUUCUCAUCACUGCCUAGGAAUCUGAAUUUUGUCGAGCACACGAGUCGAUUGGGAUGGAAGGCUAUGCAGAGGGCAAAGCCAUUAAUCAUAGACCCUGGGCUCUAUAUGUCCAAGAAAAAGGAAAUCUUCUCGGUGACUCCCAAUAGAGAGCUACCAACUGCAUUUAAGCUGUUUACAGGCUCUGCAUGGAUGGCCUUAACCCGGGAGUUCGUCGAGUACUGUGUCUGGGGUUGGGACAACCUACCAAGAACUCUCCUCAUGUACUACACAAAUUUCGUUUCCUCACCUGAAGGCUAUUUCCAAACAGUCAUCUGCAACGCGCCGGAGUUCGCGGGCACGGUGGUGAACCAUGACCUCCACUACAUUGCAUGGGAUGUGCCCCCAAAGCAGCAUCCUCACGUCCUCUCCCUAGCCGAUGUCCCUAAAAUGAUUGGCAGCAAUGCACCCUUUGCUCGCAAGUUCGGCACAAACGUCACAGUACUGGAUAAGAUAGACGCAGACCUCCUUGGCCGGAAUAAUGGGAGCUUUAUCCCUGGGGGAUGGUGUGUGGGAAAUCCGCCAUGCUCGGAGAUUGGGGAUCCAACACAGCUGAAGCCUGGACCUGGGGCUCAUAGGCUAGCUAAGCUUAUGAAGAGGAUAGUUCACUUAAAGACGCCUGGUUGGAACCAGUGUAAAUAAGAUCUGUCAGAAUUCUGGGUGAAACAAUGAGAGCUAUAGGUCUUGAAUGUAAAGUAAGCCCAGAAUCAAAAUGUUACAUGAUACUAGAAUUUGGGAAUUAUUUAGAUGUCACUUGUCUGAGGUUUCCGCAUGGUGCAAGGUUCAUACAACAUCUAACCAACGGUAAAAUUUCUGGCAGGAAGGUGAUUCUAAGAAA